AUGCGAUUUCGUGUUGAAAACAUCAGGCUGAUAUUACUCGUGAUUGUAAUUGAAGUUGAUCAACAAGACUCUUUUGAAGCUGAAAUGCGAGGCGAAUUCGGGAUUGGCUCUGCUGCUCAAUAUGGUUCUGCUGAUUUAACUGUUCAUGUCAAUGAAAAUUUCAGAAGGGAAAAUUUAACAUCAGUAGAUAUGAGGGAAUCAGAUUUCUCUGGUAUAUAUGCCUACAUUACUACUUCAUUACAUUAUUAGUUGAUGGAUUUUGAUAAACUGAUGUAACUCUACCAAUUUCCAGGUGCUGAUUGUAGUGAUACCCUGAUGGAUCGUCUAGUCUUAAAUGAAGCAAAUCUUACUAAUGCUGUUCUUGUAAGAUCAGUCCUUACUCGAAGUGACCUUACUGGUGCUCUUAUUCAAGGUGCUGAUUUUAGUGAUGUUGUUCUUGACUAUUCUCAGAAACUGGUAAAACUUGAUUUCACAGCUACAUUAAUUACCACUCAACAACCAAAGAAAAAAAGACAAGAAUAUGCAGAACACCUAUUGUUUGUGGAAGAUGAAUUGGGAUUAAAUGAACAUCUAGCUACACGUGUCAGUGAGAACAUUGAGUAA